GAGCUAUUAUCGAGCCGACUCAGUUCAUUUACACCCCUACACACAUACAUACUUUUUACAGAUUUACAUUAACAUCUACAAGACGACCACACCACCUACACUUGUGCCAAAACAAAAUUUCAAAAUCACUUUCUCUUUUUUCUUUUUUUCCAUAAACAAUUUCAAAAUCACUUGCAACUGAUAAAGUAAGUGGAGUAAAAAAGUUUGGAGAAUCUCCUUUUUUUUUUUUUUUUUCUUUUUCUUUGUGCUUAUAUAUAUAUACAUAUAUAUCACUACUUCUUUCCUGCUUCAAUGCAUUUAUUGCCACUCCAAAAAAUCUAAGGAAAAAGAAAAACCAUUAUUUCAUCCUCUUCUAAUUUUUUUAUUUUAAAAAAAAAAGAAUUAAUUUAAUUCCGAAAAAAUGGACACAUUCAACAACUUUCAAGACAUCAGAGUUGAGAAAGCAAACGCGGUUUUAAGGUACCGCCGUAUUCGAAAAAUCACGGCUUUGUUCCGUUUCGUCGAGCUCUUCGUUUUCCUCGUGACCGUGUCUAGGUUCUGCUCUCAGUUCGCUUCGUCGGUGAAGCUGUCGGCGGGGGAGUACUUCAGUGGAAUCUCCAUCGCGCUAAUCAGCCCCCGGUUCGUUUUUCUAGUCGGAAACGCUAUCGUCAUAGUUCUGUUCUUCAAAUCGGGCCGAUUUUCCACCAAUAAUAAUAGUGGAGGAGAGAAAACCGCCGAUUUUUACGACGAGUACGUGGCGAAAUGUUGGCGGAAUCCGCAAUCGCACAACAAACUAGAGGAGAAAAAAGCGUGCGACGCGCGCGGCGAAGGAAUGAAGAUACAGAGGAGCCACUCGGAGAAUCAGAUGAUGCACGUGGACGAGCGCCGCCGCCAGCUGAGGCGGAGCGUGACGGAGCGGUGUCGGAAAAACUCGGACUGCGGGCGGAAGCUGGUUUCAGCAGAGGCGAACCGCUCUUCGUACGAGGAGGAUGGGAUGAGCGGCGAAGAGUUCCGGCGAACAGUGGAAGCGUUCAUCGCCCGGCAGCAGAGGUGUUUGAGGGAGGAGGAAGAUGAUUUUACAGCUGCGGUUUCGAUCAAUUGAAUCCCGGAUAUGCUGUUUUAGAUCCUUCGUAGUUUUAGCAUCGUUUUCUUUUGGGGGCUAUUUGGUAAUUUAGACUCGAUUAGUUAGAACCUAGAAUUGUAUAUUUAUGUAACAAAUAUGUACAUGGUUUUUAGAUGACAUAUGUAGGGGAUGUUAUUGUUCAGCUCUCUUUUCCUUUUCCCCCUAAAAAUAAAAUAAAAUAAAAAUAAACGAUUAACAG